ACUGGAUAACAUUCAUUGUGAUCCUUUCCUUCUUUGUUUUGUAGAAUGUUUUGACGGUUCUACAUCCAUGAGACUCCCGUCCUAAAAGUGCUUUUCAUGCUUCUUCAGACAGCAUUAUAGCAAAUCGCUCAGUGUGAGGAGCACCUUCCUCAUAGUGCCCAGGGUACAGCAGCAUCUCUACCGUAUCUAGCCUAUCCUCAUCAGCUUGGAUCCAAUAGGUUUCACCGGCUGUUGAGUGGCUUUUUAAAUUGGGUCAAGAAUUACAUCUCAUGUGCAAUGUCGUUGAAAUCGUUCCAGAUAAUCCUAUCGUCAUCAUGCGUUGGGAUGGAUAUCAACCGGAAUUACCAGCAAUCAUGUUAAAUUCACAUAUGGACGUAGUACCAGUUGUCGAAGAAAAAUGGUCAUAUCCUCCAUUCAGUGGUACAAUUACACCUGAUGGUAAAAUAUACGGGCGAGGUACUCAGGAUAUGAAAUCAAUUGGUAUUCAACAGUUGGAGGCUAUUCGAAGAUUAAAAUCACGUGGAUGCAACCAGUUGCGUCGUACAGUUUACUUGACUUUUGUACCUGACGAGGAGUUAGGUGGUGUGAAAGGAAUGAAACCAUUUUAUUGA